AUGGGUGUCAAGCAGUUUAACCUCGACCUUAGGUCCGCGAUACAAACUGCUGAUGAUUUUCCAUGUUUAUCAAAUCUACGGAAGGGAGAUUCUGAUGGGGAACUCGCCUUUACUUGCAUCUGCACUCACGCAACAGAUGACGAGCAUGAACAACAGUCCAUCGAUAUUCAGGCUCUUUCAAAAGAUCCUGACUCCUACCCGAGACAUCCAGGCUUCCUGAUAUUCACAUCCUCAGAUGCACCAGCCUCUUUAGAAAAGCGGCUGCAGGAGAUAUCGCACUCGACUGAGGGCCAGAGUGUCAAGGAUGUCAUCACAUCCAUUUCCAGGGCAUUAAAUACCAAGUUGAACCUUUCAGACCACCCAGAUUCUCAAGCGUCUCUAACUGAGAGCAUGGACAUGUCAGAUCAUUCCGACGUCGGCGAUGAUCAAGAUUCAUACUACGACGCUGAGUACGAUGAGCUGGAUAUUGAUCCACUGCCACCUGCAAGGCCGGCUGUUCAAAACCCAUCUCGACCUACUCAUGCACAAACGGCCCGGCUGAAGCGUCAUCUUAGAGAAGCAAGGAAAGCGGGCUUUCAUGUCUCGAUUCCAGUUGGAGAGGGAGAAAACGUAUCCUUCCGCCUAUUCUCGCUUUCUAUCCGAGUCUCGAAACUUGCCAUUCCCGAAGAAGCCCUGGAAGCGUGGGGUCUCGAACCAUCUGAGCACAUUGUCCUACUAUUUAGGUUACCGAUGGGCUACCCUCCUUUGUCGGACUUCCUACAACUUCCAUACGAUCAAACAACCAUGGAGUGCAAAGUCGGCAAAUGCCUUGGCCCAGAACCGUCCCGAGAGUCUAUGGAACGAAUGUUUCAAUGUGAACCCUCGAGGGAGUCGGACCAUAACAACAAGGACGGGGCGGAAAAUGACAACCUCAAAAGUCCCUUUCUUCCAAUCUAUAUGUCGUUAUCCCUUGAUACACUCUUGAACCGAACAUUUCCCAGCCUCCUGCGACUGCGACGAAGUGAGGGACUCUCAUGGGAUGGAGCUCAAGAACUGCUUUUUAAGUUUAGCAGAGGCAACCACCUAGUAGAGAAUUCGGGGUCGUCUGAAAACUUCGAAGCCCAACAGAAUCGAGAUGCGUCUGACGAAUGGUUUGCACUGGAGUUCCUUCGGCAGGAUUGUGUGUCCAAGGAUACAGACGAUCUCAACGUCAUCCUCAUUGCGAUACAAUUCGGUCUGCAGAGGUUGGUCAAAUGUACCAAGUACUGUCUAGUCUGCCACAGAAGAACUGAAGGGGGUUUCGAGGCUGUGAAACCAUUCGUCUGCGAAAACUUACUUUGUCUAUACCAAUACCUGUCCUUGGGAUUUUGUCAAAGCAUCGAGCACGAGAUCAUCAACAACCCAUAUGUUGUCGAUCUUCUCAUCAGCUUUUUCUACUCCGCAGUUGCUAGUCGCAGGCUUCGUGAGUUCCCGCCAGGGUUGCAACUCAAGUGCGCUUCAUCAGCCUUCAAAUUAGAUUCCCAGGAGCCUAUUGUCGCAAAGGCUUGCUUCGAGAGCAAAGUGCUCCAAUUCCAGAGCAUGGACUACCCCAAGUUUAGAUCGAUUAAAGAGGGCCAGAACGUCUUGCUUGUAGUCAGUAAGGCGAAAGCUCUGAAGAUGCCAGUCAUGCGAGAACAUAUCGAGAAACAUGUCUGCAUGAUCGUUUCAUGCAACUCCACCGAUUUCGCCUUCAAAGUCAUGUCAACACACACAUCCCCAGCUAAUGUUACCGCGAAUCCCAGAGAUAUACAAAAAAACCAAAUCGCUGAGCCAACUCCAGGAGGUCUGGAGGUUAUGGUUUUCAAGUAUGAACAAGAAAUCGAUAAACUGGAGCCAAUGGAACGUGAUCAGGCACUCCUCUUCAUGACCGAGGGCAUUCCUUCUGUGGAUGCAAUGAGAGACUAUCUGACAGAGAGGCCUGGGCGCCGGCUUUCGUCCUGGCAGUGCAUGGAUUCCUCAACCCUUAGCCUUCUCAACUGGAUUGUCGCAUCGAACAGAUCUUUCAUUGUACAGGAUGCUUCGAUACCAGGGGCAUCUCCGCUAAAUGAAAAAAUGCAAGAGGGAAAGCUUGUCGGUGGCAUGGAGGCAGGAUGGAUACAGUUUCGCUUUGCACAGGGAUCUCCUGAAAAAGAACAAAUCUUUGUGAACCACCUAAAGCAGGUGAAAAAAGUGAAAAAUGGGAAGCAUUACCCAAGCCUUUUCGCAUGGCAUGGCAGCCCACUCUCGAACUGGCACAGCAUCAUCCGGACUGGCCUUGACUUCUCCCAGACAUUGCAUGGUCGCGCAUAUGGCGACGGCGUUUAUUUUUCCAAAGAAUUCUUAACCAGUAGCGGUUAUACAAUGGGCGGUCCAGGUUUUCAGUCAUGGCCGAACUCGGCGCUCAGAAUCCUCAAUGCCAUCAGUAUAUGCGAGAUCGUCAAUGAACCGACACAGUUUGUGUCAACAGAUCCCCAUUUCGUUGUCAACAAGAUCGAUUGGAUACAGUGUCGCUAUCUCUUUGUCCAGACACAACAGUCGCCUACAGAAUUAGGCAAAAUUAUGGAUACAGGAUGUUCUGACUCCUCCAGCUACCUUGAGCAGGAUCCUGCCCACGUAUUACUUUCUCGAGGUGCACCAAUUGGCAUUCCCAAGUCAGCCAUACCCAUUUCUCGCCGCCGUGCAUUGGGACAACAACUACCAAGCGCUACUGGAUCAUCUAUAAAGUUCCCUAUUGUGAUCGACGAUACGGAUUCUAACGGCAAUAACUUAACCAGUGCCGAGUUAGAUCAUCUCCUAUCCUCUGAUAGUGAAGAUUCCACGAGCUCGGUGAUAGGACGAAAGAGACGACGCACAUCUACAGACUCUGGCUUGGGGGAAACGCGGCUGAUGCCGUUUCAGGAUGACGACGUUACCCCUUUUCAGCCGGGCCAAGUUGAUAUUGGUUCUCUUCCAAAGCUGGCUGAACCGACAUGGGCUGCGUCAUCUCCAGCGGCUCUACGAGCACUCAACAAUCAGAUCAAAGACCUGCAGAAGAUCCAGUCUAGCAAUAGCUUAGCCACCUUAGGAUGGUAUAUCGAUUUUGAAAAGCUGGAAAACCUUUUCCAUUGGAUUUUCGAGCUCCAUAGCUUUGAUAAAAGCUUGCCUCUUGCCCAAGACAUGAUUCGUCAUGGGUGCUCGAGUGUUGUGCUCGAACUCCGGUUUGGGGCUUCUUUUCCAAUUUCGCCACCCUUCGUACGUGUGAUACGCCCCAGGUUCUUGCCCUUUGCUCAAGGGGGUGGAGGUCAUGUAACUAUGGGCGGUGCUAUAUGCUCAGAGCUUCUCACUAACUCAGGAUGGUCUCCAGCCUUGUCACUGGAAAAGGUUUUCCUUGAGGUCAGAAUGAAUUUGUGUGACAAGGAUCCGCCAGCUCGCCUUGACGAUGCCGGCGCUCUGACACACAUACACCCAGUCGGCGCAAGAAACAUGGACUAUAACAUGUUUGAAGCUGUCGACGCUUUCCGCCGUGCAGCCACGGCCCAUGGGUGGCAGAUCCCUUCGGACCUGGAAAUGUUGCAGUCUAUGACUGCUCAGUGA